AUGGAGGCAGCCCAUGUGCUGGGAGAGUGGAGGUUUACCAUCGGGGAGUGGGGGACGGUGUGUGAUGAUCACUGGGGUUUGAAAGAUGCUGGGGUGGUGUGUAGACAGCUGGGCUGUGGAGAUGCUGUAGAUGGACCAGGAGAUGGUCACUUUGGAGCAGGGUCUGGGACAAUAUGGAUGGAUGAUGUGUCCUGCAGGGGAUCAGAAUCCACACUGAAGAAGUGUGGGUCAGGAGGAUGGGGUAAACAUAACUGUGAUCAUGGAGAGGAUGCUGGAGUGAUCUGCUCAGAGGUCAGGCUGGUGGGCGGGGCUGACCUGUGCUCUGGGAGAGUAGAGGUGCAUCAUGGGAGCUCCUGGGGCACGGUGUGUGAUGCUGACUUUGACCGGUGGGACGCAGAGGUUGUGUGCAGGGAGCUGGGCUGUGGAGUUCCUAAAGAGCUGUGGGGGGCAGCUGCGUUUGGCCAGGGGGAGGGCCAGGUGUGGGCAGAGGAGAUUCAGUGUUCAGGCAACGAAUCUCAGAUUUACUUCUGUCCCAAAGCACCCUCACAGAAUCAACCCUGCUCCCAUGGAAACGAUGCGGGACUGGUGUGUUCUGGCAGUGAGGAUGUGAGGCUGGUGAAUGAAAGCAGCCCCUGUGCUGGGAGAGUGGAGGUUUACCAUCAGGGAGAGUGGGGGACAGUGUGUCAUGGGGGCUGGGGUUUGACACAUGCUGGGGUGGUGUGUAAACAGCUGGGCUGUGGAGAUGCUGUAGAUGCACCAGGAGAUGCUCACUUUGGAGAAGGGUCUGGGAGAAUAUGGAUGGAUGAUGUGUCCUGCUGGGGAUCAGAAUCCACACUGAAGGAGUGUGACUCACCAGGAUGGGGUGUACAUAACUGUGGUCAUGGAGAUGAUGCUGGAGUGAUCUGCUCAGGCAGUGAGUAUGUGAGGCUGGUGAAUGGAAGCAGCCCCUGUGCUGGGAGAGUGGAGGUUUACCAUCAGAGAGAGUGGGGGACAGUGUGUGAUAAUGACUGGGAUAUGCCAGAUGCUAGGGUGGUGUGUAAACAGCUGAGCUGUGGAGAUGCUGUAGAAGCACCAGGAGAUGCUCACUUUGGACACGGGUCUGGGAGAAUAUGGAUAGAUUAUGUGUCCUGCAGGGGAUCAGAAUCCACACUGAAGGAGUGUGACUCACGAGGAUGGGGUAAACAUAACUGUGGUCAUGGAGAUGAUGCUGGAGUGAUCUGCUCAGGCAACGUCAGGCUGGUGGGCGGGACUGACCUGUGCUCUGGAAGAGUAGAGGUGCAGCAUGGGAGCUCCUGGGGCACGGUGUGUGAUGCUGACUUUGACCAGCGGGACGCAGAGGUUGUGUGCAGGGAGCUGCGCUGUGGAGUUUCUAAAGAGCUGCGGGGGGCAGCUGCGUUUGGCCAGGGGGAGGGCCAGGUGUGGGCAGAGGAGAUUCAGUGUUCAGGCAACGAAUCUCACAUUUCCUUCUGUCCCAAAGCACUCUCACAGAAUGAAUCCUGCUCCCAUGGAAACGAUGUGGGACUGGUGUGUUCUGGGUACACUGAGUCCAGGCUGGCUGACGGCCCUGAUAACUGCUCUGGUCGAGUGGAGCUGCAGCACCUGGGUACCUGGGGGACAGUGUGUGAUGCAUGCUGGGACAGGAGAGCCUCCAAUGUCCUCUGUCAGCAGCUGAAGUGUAGGACUGCAGUGGCAGUGCCAGGACAGGCCUGGUUUGGAGAGGGAAGUGGGCCAAUCAGGGCUGAUGUGUUUGAUUGCCAUGGGAACGAGACACGCCUCUCACAGUGUGCUGUUUCCUCAUGGAGCCGAGCUGUGCUCUCACAUGAACAGGAUGUUGGAGUCAUCUGCUCUGGUGAGGAGUCCUGCUCUCUGUACUGUGUACAUGGCACAAUUUAGCACACAUUUACUGCAGAGAGAGAGAGAGAGAGAGAGAGAGAGAGAGAGAGAGAGAGAGAGAGAGAGAGAGAGAGAGAGAGAGAGAGAGAGAGAGAGAGAGAGAGAGAGAG